CUCAGCCUCAGCACACAGGGUAGCAGGUGCAGUGGACUUGGAGCAGGACACCUCACAGGAAAGGAAACGACAUGGCUUCUAUCAAGGUGGCGCUGGCUGUGUGCUGUCUGUUGGCGGCUACCUCGGUCCGCGCGGCGCUGCUGCCCUCUGGCAACACGGGCUUCAGCCGAGGCAGCACCACCGGAGGCGGCAACGGCUACGGCGGCGCCGCGCCCCCAUCCGGCGGCUUCGGCGGACCCAGCGGCGGUGACAACGGCGCUCCGCAGCCGUACAACUUCCAGUACGAGGUUCGCGACCCGGAGAGCGGCAAUGACUACAGCCAGCAGGAGAGCAGCGACGGGCAGACGGUGACGGGCCAGUUCCAGGUGCUGCUGCCCGACGGCCGCAACCAGAUCGUGCGCUACUCUGCCAGCGACGCCACCGGCUUCGUGGCCGACGUGCAGUACGACGGCGGCAGCCCCGGCGGCAAACUUGUGAACAUGGCGGAAAAUAAUAACCCUGCUACAGUAGACGAGAAUGAAGGGGGAGAUUUGGAGAAAGUAAUACAUGCAGAUGAUGCCGUGGCUGGUGAAUUUAGUUUUGAUGCAUUACAAGCAAAUGAUAGUGGCUUGCCAGAUUCAGUGCAUGCUAAUUAUGGGACAGACAAGGAACAGAACACGGUGGAAACGGAUAUCAAGUUUACACCUUUUCGUGUUCAAAGGCUAAAAAGGGAAUCGAAGGUUGAACACUCCACUCCCAUUCCUAUUCGGGAGGGAAAAAAGUGA